AUGAACCCUUUCCGCCAAAACGACCAGCCCGACCAGCCCACCGGGUGCCCCGUCAGUGGGCCCGGCACCGAUUACAACUACACUGGCAUCCAUCCACCUGUCAGCCUUCGCCCUAGCUCCGGAUUCGCACCUGUCCCCACCGCCCCUGGUGCCCCCCAAUCCGUCCCCACCACCCCCCCUGCCCAAAUCAUCACCACACCCCCCACCCCCUCCUCCCAUUACGUGUUCGGAGGUAACCAUAUAAACGGCCAUUCCUAUAUCCGCGCCGCCGACGCCUGCCCCCGAUCCCGGCUCGCCGUACCCCAGCCUUUUGGCAACUAUCCCCAAAGCGACAGUAGACCGGAGCUCCCCAUUCCGUUCGAACGACCGUACCAGCACGUCCCGCUCUACCCGAACCAGUCGACGCCGUAUCAACCCGGGGAGGCUCCCCGGACGUUGAGGGCCAUCUAUCAGGACGGGGAUCGCUCGAACAUGAUUGUGGCCCGGCAUAUAGGAAUGCGGGGACUACAAGACGCGGAAAUGGCAAGUUUGUGGAGUGCGAAUACCAUCCAGGGUUCCCCGGCAUUGAAAGAAUGGUUGUGCGCUAGGGAAGGGAAGUUGGAUAAGCUGGAUCUUUGGGAGGGCGGCGGCUGA